AUGUCGGUGAACGGUGGUUUUGUCGAAAUAGCCAAGAGAAGCGGUAAUAGGGCCGUUCAUGUCAACCCUCCACAUGGGCUAGAUAUCCAUCUGACUGAGCAUGGGUCUGAUUGGCUUUGGUCUGUCUAUUCGGUGUUUGGUGUAUUAACCCUAAUGUAUGCCUGUUUUUUCUUUUAUCAAGAAUAUAAUCAUGGUAGUCAAUUGGUACGUUUUGCCAUGGCAGGUCCAUUUUUAAUCUCACUUUUCCAAUUCUUUCAAUAUUUCACAUACGCUUCCAAUUUGGGUUGGACAGAUAUUCAAGCAGAAUUUAGAAGUGAAGACGUAUCCCACUCUAUCACAGACGAGUAUCCAAAUGUAAGGCAAAUCUUUUAUGCAAAAUACGUUGCAUGGUUCUUAUGUUGGCCCAUCCAAUUGUUCUUAUUGGAUGUUGCUGCAGUGACCAUCAAUAAAGAGGUUCAAUAUUUCUCCACUUGGGAAAUGAUCCAUCAGUUGUUUGUUCAAAUUAUUGGGUUUGAAUAUUGGAUCAUCUCUUUGUUAGUGGGUGCUCUGAUCCAUUCUACCUACAAAUGGGGGUAUUGGGUUACCGGUAUCUUUGUAGCACUUAUUGUGUUGGGUAUCCAAUUCAAGAGACAAGUCUUUGAUUUGAAAAUAAGAGGUAUUUCCUUGGGCAUGUAUUGCACUGCCAUCAUUGUCAUUUUACUAUAUUUUGUCUGUUGGGGUUUAUCAGAUGGUGGUAACGCCAUUUCCCCAGACGGUGAAGCCGUAUUCUAUGGUAUUUUGGAUGAAUGUAUCUUUGCCAUUUGGACAGGAUACUUGUGUUUUGUCAUUUGCAAGUUUGGUGAAUGGCCAGAAUUAGACAACGAAAAGAGUGGUGUACAAGAUUUCCCUCAGAAGGGGGUGUCGGAAACACCAAGAGGUUCCAGUGAAACAGCUUAUGACACAGACAUCGAACGUGCCGAUGCUGAAGUGGGGAAUUCCAACGCACAAGAAUCUCAAUUAGAUCAACAAGUUUGA